AUGUUCGACUGUAUUCGUUCAACUUGUAAUUUUUACGCCUGUUUUUCGGUAACUUGGAUACCGGAAUUGCCGGCGAUGGAAAUUUACAUCAUUUUUAGCAGAAAUUAUUUAAUUCUACGGCCGAUGCGCGAAAUAUCCUCUGAAUUGAUCCAGCAACUGUUGAAUAAGUCACCGGUGUUUCAAUCUUGCUGAAAAUCUGCGAAAGAUGUCCUCAGAAGAUACAUUAAUUUACAGCGACAUCAAAACCAAGUUAAUCCAUCAAAUUAAAAAAAUCCGAGUCGACGCUCUGAACGAAUUAGAGAACCGUUUUACGCCAGAUAUCUCUAAACUUCACUCUACAGAAUCCGAAAGUUAUCUCAAUUUGCUAAUAAAUGUAUUCAAAGACGAGGCUGAAGUCUGCCGAGAAAAGUCUAUAAAUCUAGUCACCUUAUAUAUCAGCAAACAAGCUAUAAUCGACGAUGAAACAGCCACCUCUAUUUUACUAAUAGUACAUGACAGACUCGGUAAAGAACCGGUUGAAGAGACAUCUGAAGAAAUUCGCUGUCUGCUUUCAAAGCUGCUAAUUUUGCUCAUUUCGAAGAAUGAUAACUUCAGUAGUACUUGUUUGAAGAAUAUAAUAGAGGUGUUAAAUAAUGGUCUGAAUGAUUCGUAUUCCGAAGUGAAGAAAACAGCGUUCGAGUUGGCUGAAAUAGUCGCUAGAAAGUUCCCAAAUUGGUUUCCAGAGUACUCGGAGAACGUUUGUAAGAAUUUGUUGAAAUGUGUGAAGCAUAAACAUUUUCGAGUUCGUGCUGCUGCUGUCAACUGUCUGCAGGUAAUUGUACAAUAUUCGGAUAAAGAGACGAUCCGUCUGGUUUGCAGUUCAUUGGGAGAGUGUUCGUUGGAUUCGAAUGUUCAAGUUCGAACAGCUAUUCUGAGAGCUGCUUCGUUUUGGUUACAAGAGCUUCCUGGCAAAUAUUCUUACGCUUGUUAUAUAUUACCUUUGAUCUUAACGUGUCUUCUAGAUGAAUCAGAAGAAUGUCGUAAAGAAGCUAACGAUUUAUGGGGUAAAAUUGGUCUGAUGUAUGUGAAAGAUAACGAAGAAAAAUUCAAAGAAAAAAUACAGUAUUUACCAGAAGAGAUAUCUCAAUUUGAAUCGGAUUACGGUGUCACUGUGCAGAAUUACGGUUGCCAUGCUUUAGUUUGUGAUCAAAUAGCUCGAAUUCUUCCGGCCAUCAUCACCGAACUUGAUGACUGGAAAACCGAAGUUAAAAUUAAGUCAUCGGCGUUGUUGAAGAUUGCCAUAAUUCAUAUUCGUUCCUCUGUUAUUCCGUUUCUCGACACAUUGAUUCCUGCCCUUUUGAAAAAAUCUACAGAUGAAGAAGUAGAGGUUUCUAAAAACAUUAUUGAAACAGCCGAAUGUAUCGGUAAAGUCGUCUCUGCUAAAAUUUACUGGAAACUGAUGGACAUACAUUUGAAGAAUGGCUGCACGUUGAAUCAUUUAAUCAUCCUGUCUUCUCUGUUGAAAUUCAGCAAAGAUCACGAAAUCGGUGAAAUUAUCGAAGAAAUCGCUUCGAUUUUUGUUCAGCAGCAAAUAUUUGAGAUUCAGGAAAGCUCAGUUCAACAACGUGUAUUGGAAAUAUUUUCGAAACUGCUGGAUUGCUGCGGUGAUAUGAAACUGAAUACCGAAAUUUCGUACAAUAUUCACUUGAUUUUAUUAACAACGAUGUCCGAAGCAGAAGAAGAUGCUCAGUUGAAACCUUUAGAAUUAAUUCGUAUACUUGCCGAAGCGAGCGAAUUCCAAUCGUUUCAUGAAUUGAAUCGGUACAGUUUGAUGAAAUUAUACGAUCAGUUUCUGGAAUCGUGUCCUUUAUGGCAAUCUCACUCUACUGAUUUUAAAUUAUUCGCGGUUACGUUGAGUCGAUUUAAUGACGACGUUUUUGAAAUUGUACCGGAGAAAUUGGUUCAAAUUCUUGAGAUAAUACUGCAGCCUUCGUUCGAUAAAGAAGUCAGCUUUAAAGUGCUUUUAAAUAUUGGCAAGUUGAUUGAAAACGGAACUCUGAAUAUGAACAAGAGUAUAAAUUUAAUCGAGAAAUUUCUCUUAGGUUCGAUAAAACCUCUUUUAGUAUGGAGAAGUGGUAAAAUCAUCGAAGUGAUCAGAAACGCUGCGUUGACCAUUUUCAAUUUAUACUUGGAUCGUGUCGUUGUUGCAAAUUUAUCUGUAAUUUACGAGUUUAUUCCGUUAUUGAUUGGUUUAUCCGAAGACAGCUACGAAGAAACUAGAAUCGUCGCUUUAUAUAGCUUUGUUUCGACUAGUCGACAUUUACAGCCGGAGCCAUCCAGUCUAAAUUUCUUUAUGAAAAUUCUAACAGCGGCCAUUCAGAGAUUGGAAGAUACCUGUAAUCGAGUCAGAAUAACGGCGAGUGAAAAAAUCGCCGAAAUGAUGGCUUAUGCUCCGGUCGUCGAGAAUAUUAGUAAUAUCGCUGGCGAUGUUUCGACGAGUUUGAAAGUGUUUGAGUUAUUGUUUAUUAUGUCGUGCGAUGGGAAUGCUCAAAUACGGAGCAAAGUUCGAGACGUAUUAAAACAACCGUCAAUGUGGAAUUUCCUGAAACAAUUGUAUCCUCGAGAAAGCCUGAAUAAGUUAAUUAGUAAAUGUCACGAUGAAGAAUUAGCUUCUAUUUUGAAAUCGUCUCUAAUCAUAUGAACACGAACAUUGAACAUAAACCGAUGGAAGUUUUUCUACCAGAGACGUAACGUAAUCGUUCAUCGCAAGUAUGAUCAAACUUUGAGCAAGUUUUUACAAUACUGAAAAAAUUGAAAUACCUAUCGGUAAACGAGGUUAUUGAAUGUUGGAUAAAAAGAAAAACAAACUCGUCAUCGUGGCUCAUGAGCCGGUAUUUAUAAUAUUCAAUUACAAACUCUCAUAACGCUGCUGUGAGAAGUUGUCGACGUUGUUCUGCACAGUAAUGUCUGUUAUGGAAGAAGAAAUUGCAGUAAUUAUUGUAUUACGUACACAUUGUCGUAUGUAAUUUGUACGUUGUACGUUCUCCUCUUGCACCGGCGGUGACGCGGUAACCCUGCCAUAUGAGACACUAAGACUAAGUCUAAGUUUCCGACAAGCGCCAAUUAAAGCAAUAAAAAUAUAUUUUAAUGAUUUGUUU